AUGGAUGUGAUGUUAUACCUAUGUCUCGUUAUAUUUGGAGUAAUUUCUAGCAGCUCCCAGCAGUUGAUAUACCAAGGCAGAUCGGAAGAAACAAAUGAACGUGUGGACAGUUAUUUCAAAGUUUUCUUUCAAUUCAAAACUGAGAUAUUAAACAGGUUAUCUUCAAUUGAAUCGGAAAUGGAGAAAAACUUUCAAACAAUGAAAUCUUUCAACGAACUUUUACGAAAGGAAAUGUCUCGGGUUGAUAAGGAGAUGUCAAAAUUUAAGGAAGAAGUACUCAAUGAAGUUACUGGCCAUUUGAAUAAAACCCUGCUGAAAAUUGGAAACAUAACGAGCAGAAUAAGUUUCUUGGAAUCGGAGACAGUAGCGCAACACAGUAUCCGUAUCAAUUCCUAAAUGGGAGACGUGUCGGAUGUGCGAACAUCUCUUCGAAACAUCCAACAGUCAGCUUCGGGUCAUAGUUCAAGACUUACUGCCAUUGAAACAAAACAAAGGUCUCAGGGUACAUCUUUGACAUUACUGUCAAAUGGCUUGGAAGCUUUCAUUAAGGUGCGGAUCGCUGAUGGUGGAUCUACCUACGGGAGAGUUGAAGUUUACUAUGAUGGAUCAUGGGGUACAAUUUGUGACGAUAGCUGGGGCAACAAUGAUGCACAAGUUGUUUGUAGAAUGCUGGGUCGCAGUGGAGGAACAGCAUUUAGUUCGGCGAAGUAUGGUGAAGGAAGUGGUCAGAUUUGGCUUGAUGAAGUUAAUUGUCGUGGAACAGAAUCAUCGCUGAUAGAAUGUUCUAAACCACGGUUUGGUAUGCACGAUUGUAACCAUGAUGAGGAUGCAGGGGUCUCGUGCAAUUAA